AUGAGCGCAACUAGCAGCACUGCACUCUACUCUCCCGGGCACCUCACCACCCAGCGCCGCCGCGGUUCGCGGCGACGAUGAUCGUCGCGGCGUCUGUCGUGGCGGUCCUUCCGCUGGCCGGCCCCGCCCUCGCGAGGCCCGCCGCGGCCCCUCUCCGCACGUUUCCCCUUUCGCGCGGCGACGUGCUGGCGGGCUCCGCUUCCCGAUUGGCCUGCCGCUGCCGCGUCGCGCGGGGCGGCGCACGGAGGCCGCUGAUCUCCUUCGCAGCGGGGGAAAACGCAGUUGGUGAUGCUUUUGUUGGGGAAGGCGCGACAAAUGUGAAGUUCCCUCGAGAGUUAACGCUUCCAGGCUACACAGAACCCUUGGUCAUUCUUGGCACAGGUUACAGAGAGAAGUUCUUUGUUAAAGUAUAUGCUGCUGCAUUCUAUGUGGAUUAUUCAAUUGGACUUGACACUGAGCAAUGGAAAGAAAAGGUUGGCAUUGAGAGCUUCGAUGCUUCCUCAGUUUUCAACACCAUUUUUAAAGCACCAGUUGUGAAAUCAUUGAGUAUAACUCUUGUUAGAGAUGUUGAUGGCAAAACGUUUGUGAAGGCUUUGGAUGACGUCAUUGCUCGACGAAUAAAAAAACCAACGGUUGAGGAAGAAUCCUCCUUGUCAACUUUCCGGAAUAUCUUUUUAGGGCGCAAUCUUAGACAGGGGACAGGCAUCUAUUUAACUUGGUUGGAACCCUCAAGAAUGCUGAUUUCGAUUUCGACAAACCAGGAUGCAUGUCAGGUUGACGCAGAGACCAAAUCAGCUACUGUUAAUUAUGCUUUAUAUGAUGGUUUCUUUGGUGGUUCUCCGGUGUCACCUACUUUGAAAUCUUCAACUGCUCAACUGCUUGAAGCUAUUCUUACAAAUUGACAUCAUACCUGAGAUUCAAAUCGGUGGUACAUAUUCACGCAACACUUCCUAGAAUUAAAAUUGCAGGGCUAAGAAGCUUUGUACAAUACUUUUGGUAUCUUCGGCUGUUCCUUUGAUUAUCUCAUGUAACUGAAAUACGUUUAAAAUAUGAGCUUAUUUGUAUGAUUUAUUUGUUGCAGCAUUACUUGCCGGAAGUUUUUACAUUA